AUGCAAAGAAACAAGCCAACUGUAAUAAUGCAAAGAAACAAACCCACUGUAAUAAUGGCGGAAUCCCAAUUGUCGCUGACCGAUAAUGAUUCAAUCACUUUAUCCGAGGCAUCGUCCUCGGCAAAUACAUAUAUCGGUACAGAAUUCACCGCUUCCGGUACAGUUGCACCUAUGCUUGAGUCUCAAGUCUUGACACAUGGGUAUGUUCAUGGACAUAUACAUCUACAUCGUAACCAUACUCAUAUACACGGUCAUAUCCAUAAUCAUGACCACGACCCCCAUUUUAGCUCAUACGGAUCAUUCGCUACAAAGCAACAAGAAACUACAACAUCAACAACUACCAAUACUAAUACCAAUACCGACGCUACACAUCAAGUCCAACUUACGCAGCCUCAGGCGUCAAAUUUGAAUAGGGACGAGUUUUGUACAGAACUCGACAACAUUGCUCGCUGCAAUGAUGUGUUUUGUGAAGAUUUGGAUGAUUGCUUCUUUUUGAAUUGCAACGAUAACAAAACUUCAGAGGAAUGUAAUGCUGAAUGCCAUCAUCCCGAAUGCAGUGAGCUGUCACUUGGAGAAAUUGCUAGUAUCUGCUGUGACAAUAUCGAAUGUGCACUACCUGGAAGUGCCGAAACGAGUUUAGGUCGCCACUACACUUUUCAAAAUAACGGAGUACUAAACGAGUGCCGCUUGAAUGAGAAAAUAGAAUGCUGCAAUGAUCCAAAUUGUCCAGACAUAGACGCCAACAGCAACGGCAACGGAUCAUCAUGCACUGAAUUAAACUGCAAUCUUAACGGAGCAAACUCGCCAGUGCACUCCAGCAAGGACAACCUCUGUGAUUUUCAAAUGUCAAAGCGUCCCAUCUUUGAAAACUUGAUUAACAACGUUAAUCAAAAUUUACAAAUGCAAUCUACUACAAGCCUUGAAGAAGAAGAUACAGGGCGCUCACUAAAAAAGGCGAAACGAGAAUUUCAGAAUGAUUUCAAAAUACAUUUCCCUCAUGCAUGCCACCCGGAGGAUGUGGAGAAGUCGAGUAAGCGUCAUCAUACCCAUCAAUCAUGUUUCCAUACAACAAUUCCAAAUAGCACAAAUCUAUCUUCUAAAAAUGAUCGCUUUAUGUCAGAUUUUGAUUUCAUAGUUCAGUUCAAUAACUUUAACAGUAUGAUCGACAACGACAAUGACAACGACAACAACACCACUAACGCAAAAGGGCAAAAUCCUCAAUCAAACUCUGAAAUAGCUGCAUCCUCUUCAUUGCAGUACCCUUGCCAAUGGGAGCAUUGUUUUAAAAAAGUGAGCGAUGAAGAUUUCAUGGAUCAUAUGGGAAAUCAUCUAAGCCAUGAUUUUAUUUGUGCUGAAAAGUCUACAUCUUAUCAGUGCGAAUGGACCAAUUGUAACUAUUCGGACCAGAGUCUUGAUGCUUUAUGGGGCCAUUUGCAAACUCAUAAGCGUCCUCAUAUAAACUUGCAAACAUUGCCACUGCAAGCAAAUGUGAAUCUGAAUCUGAAUGUGAAUGUAAAUGUGUUGAGUCCGUAUUCUUCUUCAAGCAUAAAUUUAGCCAAUGAACUGCCCGCUGAGGUGAGGUCUUUGUCUACGAGCCCAUCAACUAAUGAGUUAAAUAUCACGUCUAUGAAAAUAUCGCCCAAGGGAAAGGAAAAGGGAAAGGGAAAGGAAAAGGGAAAAGGCCCUGGUGCUAACACGGUUUCAUUUGCUUCCGGAUGCUGCGCCUCGGCACCCGAGUUUCGUUGCCAAUGGAAUGUGUACACGGGAGAGGAUGGGAAAGUAGUACCAUGUAACACCUGCCAUAACUCCCAAGGGGACCUUCAAGAGCACAUUAUUAAUGACCACAUUGGUUCAGGAAAGUCAACCUAUGGAUGUCGUUGGAUAGGUUGCAAAAGACAUAAUGGUAAAAUAUUUACUCAACGUCAAAAACUAUAUAGACAUAUCCAUGUGCACACAAAUUACAAGCCCUGUAAGUGCCACAUAUGCGGUUCCGCAUUUGCAGUGGAAACAAUGUUACAACAACAUAUACGAAUACAUUCAGGUGAGAAACCAUUCAUUUGUAGUGUAUGUGGUAAAAGGUUUGCUACAAGCAGUUCAUUAUCCAUCCACAAUCGAGUCCAUACUGGAGAGAAGCCUUUGAAAUGCAAAUGGCCAGGGUGUACCAAGAGUUUCAGUGAAAGUUCCAAUCUCACAAAACAUAUGAAGAUACAUUCAAAGAAAUUCGAUUGCGAAGAAUGCGGUACAUUAUUUGAUAAAAAAUAUGAGCUUGAACGUCAUCUUCAAAGAAAUCAUCCACGAGAGCAAAAUAGGCCACAGAUCAAUAUGAAUCUCUUGAAAUCUGAGCCAAAGAGCGUGUAA